AUGCCCGAGGAGUCGACGGUCCACCCCAGUAAGCCUGUAGUGCAGUGCAGCGAGCCAGCGGACUGGGAGAUAUCUGCGCGUGACAAGGGCCGCACGUCGUCCAUCGUCAGGGAGAUCUCCCAGCGGAGACUCCUAAUCCUCAGGAAGAGGAGGAGUGGUGUCAGCAUCUCCAUGGGAACACAGGACAACGACGGGGAGGUGCAGACUGAUGAAGGCCCUCUAGAGAAUGAAGACCAGUCUCCACAGAGUGACCUGGCCACUGAAGAGAAGCCAACAGAGGACAUUAAAUCUACUGACACAGAGGAGAGUCCAGAGGGAGAAGAAGGUGAAAAGGAGGAGACUGCAGAAGCUGAGAGCUCCACUGAAGAACAAGGUGAUAACAAGGAAGACUCUACUAAGACCACAGAGGAACAAGGUGAUAACAAGGAAGACUCUACUAAGACCACAGAGGAACAAGGUGAUAACAAGGAAGACUCUACUAAGACCACAGAGGAACAAGGUGAUAACAAGGAGGACUCUACUAAGACCACAGAGGAACAAGGUGAUAACAAGGAGGACUCUACUAAGAUCACAGAGGAACAAGGUGAUAACAAGGAGGACUCUACUAAGACCACAGAGGAACAAGGUGAUAACAAGGAAGACUCUACUAAGACCACAGAGGAACAAGGUGAUAACAAGGAGGACUCUACUAAGAUCACAGAGGAACAAGGUGAUAACAAGGAAGACUCUACUAAGAUCACAGAGGAACAAGGUGAUAACAAGGAGGACUCUACUAAGACCACAGAGGAACAAGGUGAUAACAAGGAAGACUCUACUAAGACCACAGAGGAACAGGGUGAUAACAAGGAAGACUCUACUAAGACCACAGAGGAACAAGGUGAUAACAAGGAAGACUCUACUAAGAUCACAGAGGAACAAGGUGAUAACAAGGAAGACUCUACUAAGACCACAGAGGAACAAGGUGAUAACAAGGAAGACUCUACUAAGACCACAGAGGAACAAGGUGAUAACAAGGAGGACUCUACUAAGAUCACAGAGGAACAAGGUGAUAACAAGGAGGACUCUACUAAGAUCACAGAGGAACAAGGUGAUAACAAGGAAGACUAUACUAAGACCACAGAGGAACAAGGUGAUAACAAGGAAGACUCUACUAAGACCACAGAGGAACAAGGUGAUAACAAGGAGGACUCUACUAAGAUCACAGAGGAACAAGGUGAUAACAAGGAGGACUCUACUAAGACCACAGAGGAACAAGGUGAUAACAAGGAAGACUCUACUAAGACCACAGAGGAACAAGGUGAUAACAAGGAGGACUCUACUAAGAUCACAGAGGAACAAGGUGAUAACAAGGAAGACUCUACUAAGACCACAGAGGAACAAGGUGAUAACAAGGAAGACUCUACUAAGAUCACAGAGGAACAAGGUGAUAACAAGGAAGAUUCCACUAAGACCACAGAAGAACAAGGUGAUAACAAGGAAGACUCUACUAAGAUCACAGAGGAACAAGGUGAUAACAAGGAAGAUUCCACUAAGACCACAGAAGAACAAGGUGAUAACAAGGAAGACUCUACUAAGAUCACAGAGGAACAAGGUGAUAACAAGGAAGACUACUAA